CGGAGGAGCCCGAGCCGGAGCCCGAGCCGGGAGCGGGUCUCGGGGGCUCCGGGCUGUGGAGACACCUGGUCUCGCGGCGAUGGCGACCCUGUGGGGAGGCUGCGCUCGGCUGGGCUCCGGGCUCAGCCUGUCCUACGCGGUGUGCUCGGUGCUGCUGCUGGCGCAGCUGUCAGACGCCGCCAAGAAUUUUGAAGAUGUGCGAUGUAAAUGUAUUUGUCCUCCCUAUAAAGAAAAUUCUGGGCAUAUUUAUAAUAAGAACAUAUCCCAAAAAGAUUGUGACUGUCUUCAUGUUGUAGAGCCAAUGCCAGUGCGGGGGCCUGAUGUGGAGGCAUACUGUCUACGCUGUGAAUGCAAAUAUGAGGAAAGAAGCUCAGUUACUAUCAAGGUUACCAUUAUAAUUUAUCUCUCCAUUUUGGGCCUUCUACUUCUGUACAUGGUGUAUCUUACUCUGGUUGAGCCCAUUCUGAAGAGACGCCUCUUUGGACACUCACAAUUGAUACAGAGUGACGAUGAUGUUGGGGAUCACCAACCUUUUGCAAAUGCUCACGAUGUGCUGGCUCGCUCCCGCAGUCGAGCCAAUGUGCUGAACAAGGUAGAGUAUGCCCAGCAGCGCUGGAAGCUUCAAGUUCAAGAGCAGCGAAAAUCUGUCUUUGACCGUCAUGUUGUCCUCAGCUAAUAAGGAAUUGAACUCAAGGUGACUAAAAAGAAACCAGUCAGACAACUGGAAAAGUUGAGUUUUCCUGGGUUUUACUUUAAUACCCUGUUUGAUUUCAUCAACUCUUGCUGGAAAAUUCAAAACUGGAAAAAAUGUGCUUGGUAUUUUAUUUUCUUGUUAACAUAUUAAUAGAUACAUUUUUAAAAGCACACCUCAAAGUCAGCCAAUAAACCUUUUCCUAUCUGUGACUUUUACUAAUAAAAAUAAGUCUGCCUGUAAAUUAUCUUGAAGUCUUUUAUCUAGAUCAAACACUCUCUUUUUCACCACACAGUUGUAACUUGAUUUUCAAGAUAAUUUCCAGGUGUAUAUGUUGUUGUGUGGUUUUGUUUUGUUUUGUAUUCAGUUUGUGUUUUGGCAGGGAAGGGGAGGGAUGCGUGGGAAGUGCUUAACAUAACUUUUCUCAAGUCACUUUAGUAAACAAAUUUUUGUAAAUAGCCUUUACCUUCUAUUUCUAAGUUUCAUUUCUACUUUGCAGCAUAGCCAGCCUCAUCAGAGCCCUGACUUACCCAUUUGAAUUUUGCACUGACAAUAUAUGUAGGUAUAUGGCUGGCCUAUGGCUGCACUUCAUGGUAAACUGGAUCUGAAAUGUGUGGCAGCUCUUCACAAUAUGCAGGUUUUCUUCAUGUAACUGUGAUGUCUGAUGCAAUGCAUCCUAGAACAAACUGGCCAUUUGCUGGUUUACUCUAGUGACUAAUGACUAAACAUAAUCUUGGUGUGUGUGUGGUCUUUUUCAUCUUCUUCUGGCAUCUCUAAGGAUGAAUCCUUAGGACUUGGGUAUUUGCAAUACUGGUAUUUUCAGCAUUUCUUGUCAGGUUGAGAGGCAGCUGUUUGAGCUCUAGUGUGUACAGCUUUGAACUAGGACUGGAGUUCUAGGUGCCUCCCUCUGAAAGGUGUGACAGUUAUUGGAUAACUGGCUUUUUUCUUCCUAUGUUCUCUUUGAAAUGUAACAAUAAAGAUAAUUUUUGAAACAUC